GGCUAUGGCUCCAAUGGGGUGCUGGAUUGCUUCGCCGGCAAAGGAUCGAUGCCGGUUGUCGAUAUUGACAAUCAAUCAAGCCUUCUUCGGAACUCGGCAUUUCGACUUGUUUUGGCUCCAUUGUAGGAGGCGGCGGCAAGAUGGGUGGCUACCGUAACCUACGCUUCGAACUCCUUUUAAACGACCCGAAACCCCUGGCAAGUCCACAGUCCUCCCCACUCAACCUCCACCCCGUCCUUCCAUUCCCAGCAUCCCACAAUGCUCUGGACCACUCUUCUCGCCUUCGCGGCGGUCGCUGAGGCGAUGCCCAAGUGGAUGGAGAAGCGUCAAGGCGGAAUGACCAUGCUGCGAUUUGGAUGCGCUCAGGUCGUCAUUGACCGGCUCGACCCCUUGGUUAACCCGGGCGUGAUCCCAUCUCCUCAUGUUCACCAGAUUGUGGGAGGGAACGGUUUCAAUGCGACGAUGACAACGAGCGAUGUCUCCAAGACUGCGACUUGCACGACCUGCGCCUUCUCCAAGGAUUUCUCCAAUUACUGGACGGCAAACUUGUACUUCAAGGCCCGGAAUGGUACCUACAAGCGCGUCAAGCAGUUGGGUGCUGCGCGACAGUUCAACGACGACUUCAGUACUGCUAUCGAUGGCGGUGUCCUCGUGUACUAUGUCUCGGCUCAGCCAGGCAAGGUCACGGCGUUCAAGCCGGGUUUCCGCAUGCUCGUCGGCGACCCGACUAGCCGCAAGGUCGACGCCAAUAUGAAGAGGCAGAAUUGCUAUCGCUGCUACACGGGACCGAACUUUGGCGGUGAUACUUCCGCCCCGUGCAUGGACGCCAAUAUCGACACCCAGAGCUUGCCUCCCCAGCCAUGCAAAGGUGGCAUCCGCUCUAACAUCCUCUUCCCGACCUGCUGGGAUGGCAAGAACCUCGACAGCCCAGAUCACAAGGCCCAUGUCGCCUACCCGACCUCAGGCCCCGCGAACUUCCUCAGUCUGGGCGGCAACUGCCCGUCGACUCAUCCGGUCAGAAUCCCGCAGCUCAUGUACGAGGUUGUCUGGGACACCACACCGUUCAACGACAAGAGCCAGUGGCCCGCGGACGGAUCCCAGCCCUUCUACUUCAGCUACGGCGAUAACACCGGCUAUGGCCAGCAUGCCGAUUACGUCUUCGGGUGGCAGGACGAUGAGCUCCAGAAGGGCAUGGAUGCCACGAACUGCAUGGGUGCGAAGUGCAAGGACAUGAAGAACCAGGCCAUCGCCCCCGCGAAGCAGUGUCAGGUUAAGACGGCUGUGAAGGAGGACCAUGAUGGAUGGCUCUCUGAGCUUCCAGGAAUGGAGAUGCCAAUGCACUAGGGUGGCCGCGCCUGCCAAGCAAGCUUAGCGUGGUUGGUGACGAAAGGGAAGAAGCUUUAGCGUUCCCCUCUCCAGCUUCGCUACCGUGUGCAAUACCCUUCUAGACUGCGUCUAUUUUAUUCAUUUCCGAGUUGCAUUUUGUAUUAUCUGUUGACGUGUUCGGCAUGAAGAGUGCGGGUAAUUUGCGGUGUGCGUCUGAGCGUCUGAUUCCCCGACUUUGUUCACCAAUUCUAGUCGAUCGUU